AUGUAUACUAGUGCUGUCAGGGGUGGAUAUGCCGAUCCAUCGAUGGAGUCCUUCAAAGCAGUUGAUUCCGAUUCCGACGAGAUCAUUGGCUACUUUGUUCUCGCACGGAAGCAACCGGCGAAGGAUACAUCAGCCGACGCAGAGAAGGGAGAGUCCUAUCCAGUAGUUCCAGAUGGAUUGAAUCCCGGUCUUUUCGGAGAGGUGAUGAAUGCGACCAGACAAAUUUCCCGGGAAACGGAAGGGAUCGAUCGAUUUGAGAUUGUCUACAUGUGUGUCAAGCCAUCUUGCCAGCGUAAGGGAAUCGGCUCCAAGCUGGUCCAGUUAGGCUUGGAGCGGGCCGAGGCUGAAGGCGUCCCAUUGGCCAUCUGUGCUGAAGCACCAGCAUAUGAAUUGUGUGUCAAGCUAGACUUCCGAGACACGAAUCACUGUGAUAUCGAUCUCAGAAACUAUGCACCUGCUCACAGUGGCUUUAGUAUUUUCCGACUGAGUGGAAUGGUGUGGCGGCCUUGA